CUCUCUCCAUCCCAUCCCUACAUUGCACUGGAUAGGAGAUCUGCCUGUUAGAUUGUGAAGAUGGCUGCUUCCUGGUUUCUAGUCUUUACUCUGACACUUUUCCAAUCCAUGCUGAUCUGCCGUUCCUCUGAAGAAUACUUUCCUACCGCAGCAACGAUUAAACAAUGGGUUGACAAGAUGCAAUAUGACCUUGUAACAUUGGCAAGAACAGCAAGUGGUGUGGAUCAGCUUGCAGACAUUUACUUGAAGAACAGGAAUUUGUACACUGUGGAAGCCAAUAAUGCGCGUCAGUUGGUCGAAAGUGCUGCAACUAACAUCGAAAAACUACUACGGAACCGUUCUAAAGCUCUUGUGAAUGGUCAUCUCUUAAGUGCAUCUGAAGUCUGUGAACGCAUUUCUAUGCUAGAGGAUGCUUCAAGUGACAGUUGUUUAGAGUGA